AUGUCAAGGACUCUGUCGACGACUCCCGAACCGAUAGAAGAACCUACUCACGUUACUUUUCUUCUCCCUUCCAAAAAAACUCCUUCUUCUUCUAGCAGAGCCUCUUCCUUAAUAUCGGUUUCUUCAACUAGUUUUUCUUUAAAACAACCAGGUUAUCAUGCACUGUAUCAACCCUCAUGGCGUGAACAAUUGGCUGUCGAACUUGAUAGUUCAGAAAUUGGUAGCAUAUGGAAACUCGUGGACGCUUUCCUCAAUAUUUUACUUUGUCUGAUUUAUAUUGCUCAUACUGGUUAUAUGAAGGAGCCUUCAUUACCAACGUUUAACGUGUUUUUUGAAAUUGUGGUGGCCAUCCUAUUAGUUAUGGAAUAUGUUCCAAAGUUUUAUAUAUAUGAAUUCGAAUCAUGGAAAUCAUUGUUUACCAAAGUUUCACCUAUCCUUACAGCUUUGACCGUUUAUCCCGUGUUUGCUAUUGCAAUGGAUCCGGUUUUUAAAGAAACCCGUUAUAUUGUCUUUUUUUAUCCUUUUCGUUUUAUUCGAUGUUAUUUAUCCGUGCGUGAUUGUCUAGUAAGGAGUGAAAAAUCAGUUUUAAAACUUGGCCAAGUUACUAGCAAGACUUUGAUCUUUUUUUCAACAGUUUUGUUUCUUAUUUUGGCUGGUUCUUCAUUAUUACAUGGCGUUGAAUAUGCCUACAUGGUUGUAAUAUUAAAUCCUCUGGAUCCAACCGAUCGCGUCAAAACAUUUUUAUCUGAUCCCGUCUUUGCACAUCGUGUACAAUAUAUUCGUGGAAGUUCUCUUGAUGCACGUAACCUAGAAAAGGUCGAUGCAAAAAAUGCUUGCGCUUAUUUUAUUUUGGCUAAAAAAUAUACUCAACAAAGCGAAAUAAUUGAUGCAGAGAACGUGUUAAAAGCAAUAGCUUUAAGUAAAUUUGAUGAAGGUCCAAGACUUUAUAUUCAAUGUAUUCUUCCAGAAAAUAAAAUUCACUUCGAAAGUUUAAACCCGGAGCAAAUUAUUUGUAUCGAUGAAUUGAAAUUAGCCAUUCUUGCUCAUUCGUGCCUGACCCCUGGAUUUUCCACACUUUUAUAUGGACUUACCACAUCAUUUACCUUUGAGUCAGCGCAUGAAUUAAGACGCGGGACCAGGAAACGACACUCUUCUGUCGGCUUGGAUAGUGACGCUAUCGAGGAUUAUAUUACCGGAUUUUCCCAGUCAAUUUACACUACCACUUUAUCCGAUCAUUUCUCUGGGCAUAAUUUCUUGACAGUUACUGAACGUCUUUACGAAGACUUAGGUGUCGUAUUAUUUGCACUUGGAAUUCCGAAACAACAUUCGUUUGGCAAAUUAUCCGCUCGCUGGAUGCUCGAUCAAAAUGACUACGACGUGGAUGGUCCCAAAAACUACACGGUAUUGAUUAAUCCGGAUGAUUAUAUUUUAAAUGGUAAUGAAAUUGGAUUUGUCAUUGCGUUGGAUGGUUCUCUUGCAGAUGGUGUUUCUACUUAUGAAUGGCGUAGUGGACAAAAACAACAUAAGGUCAUACCUGUUCAUCCUGAACAACAGCCACUACUGACAAAUGAUAUACUGAGAAAUAAUAGUGGAGGUUCUUAUUCCGAUAAGAAAAAAGAAAGCAUAAAUUCUGUAAUAGAUACAAUCACUGGGCACAUUCUUUUGUGUGAUUACUCUCAGACGACUUUUCCACGCAAUCUUGAUUGCUUUGUCAGUCCAUUGCGUAAACCUUAUUUAGAAAAAAUUACACCGAUUGUGAUUUUGUCACCUGCAAGGCCAACCCAGAGCCAAUGGAAAAUACUAUGUCAAUUUGAUCAAGAUGCAUCAGCAAUGUUAGUAUUUUUAAACAUUAAAGCAAUGUGUAAAAAAAUUGAUGUUUUUGUAGAAUUUGUUCACAUGGAUAAUAUGAAAUUUAUGUCUGAAGAUGCUUCAGCCAUCGAUAAGAGUAUGCAGGCCCAUCAUUCACCUGCCUUUAUGGCUGGAACUUGCUUUUCUUUGUCAAUGCUUGAUAGUAUUAUUUGCCAAUCAUUUUAUCAACCACAUAUUGUGACCAUAAUUGAACAAAUGCUUUUUGGUGCACCACCAUUACACCUACUCUCUGGUUCAACUUGCCCCGCGCCAUCACAUUCCCACUUUUAUCAGAUUCCAAUACAUUCAUUUGUUGGAUAUCGAUACGGGGAGUUGUUUCGCUCCAUGGUGCAAAAGAAAGUUAUACCUCUAGGGUUGUACCGCACUAAAAAAGUUAAAACUGUAAAUGGCAAUGAAAAAGAGUUAAAAUAUGUAUAUGCAUGUCCCAAAUCUAACGUUUUAUUACGAGAUGAUGACAAGGUAUUUGUAUUGAGCAAAAAAUUGCCUACUG